AUGGCGAUUUUGGAGAGGACCUUGGAACCCGAUAGCUCUGACGAGGAGCCCCCGCCUGUGUACUCCCCACCUGCCUACCACAUGCACGUGUUGGACAGGCCUUACCCACUGGCUCCCCCCACUCCACCUCCCCGAUAUCGUCGGUGGAGGAGGGCAGAGGUCAUGCAGCCUGGUGAUAGGAGCCCCAGUGGGGGACAAAGCGGCCUCCGCACUAGACCAAGGUUCUGGAAGCCUCACUCACACCCUGUGACUUUGGACGAGCUACUGCCCUUGCCUGAAGUUCAGGGGCCUGACCUGGACAGGAAGGCUUUGCUGGGCUGGGGGUGGAUCCAGGGAAGAGAGCCUGCCACCUCCAGGGGCUCCAAGCUCGUGAGCACAGAGGGCAGCCUGCCCCCCGUGGUGGGGCCUGAGCCCAGGGACCAGGAGAGCCGCUGGAAGCAGUACCUGGAGGACGAGAGGAUUGCGCUCUUCUUGCAGAACGAGGAGUUCAUGAAGGAGCUGCAGCGCAACCGUGACUUCCUGCUCGCCCUGGAGAGAGAUCGACUGAAAUACGAGUCCCAGAAGUCUACAUCCAGCAGCGUGGCCGUGGGAAAUGACUUUGACUUUCCUUCUCCUGUCCCAGGAAACAGCGACGCCAACCCUGCUGUGUCUGAAGAUGCCUUAUUCAGGGACAAGUUGAAACACAUGGGAAAAUGUCCUUUCCUCUGCGUUUCAGAUGAAGACUUCCGGGGAAGGCGACAGGAGGUGCCCACGGUGGAGGAAGCCCUUAAAGAAGGGCAGUAGGAGAUACCAGCAGUUCCUCCUUGCCGGGGACGAUCCGACCGGCGGAGGCAUCCCAGCUGCCGUCGGACAGAUGGUGCUUGAGUUCUGAGGCCCGGUGAUCCUCUGGCCACAGUCCAGCCCAGCCACUGCCACUUUCUAAGGGAUUCAGAACUUCCGAGUUGCCCGCUGUGAUUGCAGGAAGGGAGGAGGGUGGAGGCAAGAGCCAACCACAGCGCCUCGUGUGAGCAGGCUGUUCUAAGGGGAAUGGAUGGAAAUGCAAGCUCUAACCCCUCUUCUGUUUAAAAAAAACAAAACAAAACACCGAACAGAAAGCAGGCAAGGUGGGGAUACCCAAAAGGGGAGGAUGAUCCUACCAGAGUCUUCUUGGCCUGAGGUGGAGCCCCUGCCUCCCUCCUAUCCUGCAGGAGAGACCACAGUCACGGCCUGACCCCCACCCUCAUCCCAGCUCCCUCUGGGCACCUUGGGCCCUUCCUUCCCGUGGCCUCCUGCCUUUCAGCUUCCCCCAGGGGCGCUGGCCCGCACCCCUCCACUCCACCCCUCCACAGAGCCCUGGGCGGUCCCUGGAGCCCCGUCUGAGGGGUGACGGGCCCUACAGAGCCGUGUCUGCCGCCCGUUCUGCAUGGGCUCCUUGCUGCCUCUGUUGGGGGCUGGCAAGGGUCCUCAGAGGGAUGGGGAAACUGGCCAGCCUGGAGCUGGAGGAUUCUAGCGGGGGGGGGGGGGCGGUCUUCAGUCUGGCAGAAGACAAAAAGCCGGUCUGGAUGGGAUCCUGCAGCCCCUCUCCAGCGGUGCUGACCCCUCAUCUGGACUAGAAGUUCCACUGCCGCCAGGUGGGCAGCGGUCAGUUCCUUGGUAACCCCGGGAAGGUGUGGGGCUGGGGGGCGUGAAGAAGAGGCUGCCAGCCGGCCUGCAGCCCCAGGCCAGAAGGGCGUGCUGGGUGCCCUUUGCCAAGAGCGAGAAGGUGAAUGGCCAGGAGGAGAACAAGGGACCUACGGACCUGAGCCAGCACCAACCACUGCCAGCGGGAGGGCUGGGGGCGGUCAGCCCCACCUCUGCGCCCGCCCCCCCGCCCCUCCUGGAGAUGGGGGUGUGCUGACCUGGGGGAAGCCUGGGCGGGUCAGAGGCUCCAGCUGGAGCAGGGAGCCUGCCGGCCACACAGGGUUGGGAUGUUGAGGAGACGCCAGGCCCGCUGGGGCUGGAUGACCACAAGUCACCCUGAGAUAAAGAGGGCCUGGCGCACCCCCCGCAGUGCCCAGGGGGGACCCUGGCCACCUCCCCAUCCCGCGGAAGUGCGGUUGCCCUUCGGCCCCCUGCCGAUCCCCCACAGCCCCCCGCGCAGUAGAGGGGAGCCCCAGUCCAUGUGUGUGACUUUGUUAGUUCUGUUUCUUCUCCUCCGUGUGGGUUUUUUCCUGGAGCUGUUUCGUAGGAAUUGGUGUAAUAAAGACUUGGUGUUCUCUUGGUGCUCUGA